GAGAGAGAGAGAGAGAGAGUGAGCGAGUACCAAUCUCCCAAGUAAAUUUUGAAAGGUGGGGUUCGUAUUAGGACUUAUCGAGUUUUAUCUGUUUUUUUUUCCUAUUUUGAAACAAGAGGUUGAGUCAUAUCCGAAAACAGUGAAAACCCAUGGAAGGUUAAAGAGUGUUAAGAACAGAGGCCUCUUCAGGACUUCAGGUCACCUUGAUUUCAAUUAAAGAGGUCUCUUUUCCUCUGUCUUCAUGGAUCCUAAGGUCUCGAAGCAGUCUUCAGAGGUUCCCAAGUUCUUGAGUCUUCCACAGCCAGACAUGGUUGAUAAUAACAAGCCCGCAGAAAUCAAGGAUUUCCAGAUUGUGAUUGCGGAAAAAGAUGAGGGUAAGAAACAGUUAGCGCCCAAGAGAAGCUCCAACAAAGAUAGACAUACGAAAGUGGAUGGGAGAGGGAGAAGGAUAAGGAUGCCAGCUCUGUGUGCGGCAAGAAUUUUCCAGUUGACGAGAGAAUUGGGUCACAAAUCUGAUGGAGAAACCAUACAGUGGUUGUUGCAGCAAGCAGAGCCUUCAAUCAUCGCUGCUACGGGUACAGGAACGAUCCCGGCUUCUGCCCUAGCUGCGGUUGGGGGCUCUGUUUCUCAGCAGGGAACCUCUGUUUCAGCGGGCUUGCAUCCGAAGAUCGACGAGUUGGGGCCAGGUGGAGUUGGGUCCGGAAGUAGGACCAAUUGGACUUUGGUAGGGGGUAAUUUAGGGAGAUCUCAUGUAGCUACAGGCUUAUGGCCCUCUGUCAGCGGCUUUGGUGCUGGGUUUGUUCCUUCUUCAAGUCCGUCCACAUCGAAUUUGCCCAGCGAAAGCUCGAAUUACUUGCAAAGAAUUGGGUUUCAUGGGUUUGAACUACCUGGUUCCAAUCUGGGUCCAAUGAAUUUUGGCUCAAUUCUGGGUGGGAACACUCAGCAACUUCCGGGAUUGGAGCUUGGGCUUUCUCAAGAUGGUCAUAUUGGGGUUUUGAAUCCUCAAGCCUUAAGCCAGUUUUACCAGCAGAUGGGGCAGAGCCGAGGUGUGGCUGGCCCCAUGCACCAGCAGCAGCAACAGCAUCAGCAGUCGCAGCCACAGCAGCAGCAACAGCAACCUCCUGCCAAGGAUGAUUCUCAAGGAUCAGGACAGUAAUUAGUCUAGUGAAGGUGUUUCUAAUGGAGAAUUUUGGAGAAACAGACAGAAUUAGCACCACCAGAGAAGCUUUCUUUACUAUGUACAUGCAAGAGUGAGGGAAAGGACAUUAUGAGAAUUCAAUCAUUUUCAUGGAGUUGGAUCAUAGAGACUGUAUCUUGGUUAUUGGAUCAGCUCCUUUUCUCUCCACAGCUUUAUCGAAGUCUCUGAAUACAGAUUGUGCAGGUGAAGUGAAAAUUUGCAGAGCUGCAUGGCUUGGGGUUGGACUUAAUUUCUUGUUUAUUUCAAGGGUGUUUUCCUAUAUAUAUUGUAAGCGAUCUCCAAUCAUUUGUUAUUAGGUCUGGACAGAAUCAUUGUCAGCUUGUUUGUGAAAUAACAGAGGGCUUUUUUUUUUAAUUUAAUUUAAUUUUUUAUUUUAAUUUUUGAUAAGCAUAUGAUUUCUGUGGGAUCUAGUGUGUAUACUUGGUAUUUCAGAUAAUUCAUACUCCACGAGCGUCAUAAGUA